GAUAAAGCACAGAUGCUCACAGAUACAGUUCAAAGCUAUGGGUGGCUUGAUGCUGAGAUGCUGAAUGUAGUUCCCAGAGGAAGAGCUUGGGGAUGUCACUCUCCCCUGCUGCCUGUGGUUGACAGGUGCCUUACAAAGGCUCACUGCAAAACACACACUGCUAUUUUCAUUUACUACCUUUUUUUUCAUAAAAGCAAAAAUUCUCUUUGGGUUUCUUUGGUUAGCAAAAACAGAUUCUAACGUAGGGCUUUGCUAAAAGCAAAGUGGCUUAAGGGGAACUUUCUAGAAUAGAAAGCAGUGAGAAGCAAAGUGAAAAGGUUAGAGGCUACAAGAUCAGUUGGAAGGCUAUUGCUCUAGGGCAGGGGAGAGGUAGUAACAGCGUGAUUAAGGAGUGGCUAUAAAAAUAGAAAAAAAAAACAAGUAAUGAAACAGGUUUAUUGCAACCACUCUAUGAAAACUGACUGGUUAUAGACAGCAGGAAGGUGAAACCUGUCCAGCCAAGUCCAGGGCUGUUUUAUACACACACAUACACACCACACCCAUAGACACACACAUGGAGUGGGAAAGCUGAAUUAAUUAGAAAAUAUCAUUAGAAGCAUGUUUUCAUUUGGCUUCAGUUAUCAGAGCGCUUUAGUGUUAAUUCUCAGAUAUUUGUCCCCCUUUUUUUCUAUUUGACUCAGAGACUGAGGAAAUAGUAACAUAUACAUAACGCUUUCUACAUUCCAGUCAUGUUCUAAAGACCUUUAGUUUCCCGUUCUCAUAACCCCUAUUUUAUAGAAGAGAAAGCCGAAGCAUAGGGAGGUUAAGUAACUUGGCUGGAGGUAAUGCAACUGAUAAGUGAAGUAGCAAAGACUAACCCAGGCGUUCUGGCUCCAGAGUAUCUAUUCUUAACACUACGCCAGAAUUAAUGGGUCGAUUACGCCGAAGACCUGGUUCGGAGACCACAGCCCCUUCAUCUGUAAAAUGGCGAUAACCACGCUAGGAACCUGCUGCAAAGGAGCGAGAUAAUGUAUAGGAACGUGAACUUCAAAUUACAUAUGUGACUCUUUACCAUGUGAAUAGGUGAGCUGCAUUGUAACGACUCAGCCCGUGAAGUUUGCAGCUCCAAGAGCGAGACCCCGCCCCCGUGGCUCCGCCCACCGCGAGCGGCAGGUGGGGCCGGCAGAUCUUCUUUGCGCAUGCGGAAACUGCUGCCCGCUCCCACCUCUAACCCAGGCUGAGAGUAGCUGCCGUUUCUGAGACGACGAUUCGUCAGGAGACGCUUGGCGCGGUUUUCCUUUUCUCUCCCCUCUGCGGGCCCUGGUCGUACUUCAGCUGUGCCUAGAGUGUGGUGUGUUCUCGUCUGUCUGCCUGUCUCUCCGCAGAAGGUGCCUGUCGUUGGCCCAGUAGUUCCCUGUCGAAAGUGCCGGCCCCCGCGCCGGCACCGGCCGUAGCCGGGUGGGAAGGCUCAAGAUGGCGUGCCUGUUGGAGACCCCAAUCCGCAUGAGCGUCCUCUCGGAAGUAACAGCUAGCAGUCGCCACUAUGUUGACAGGCUAUUUGACCCUGAUCCCCAGAAAGUUCUACAAGGUGUCAUAGACAUGAAAAAUGCUGUAAUUGGGAACAACAAGCAGAAAGCCAAUCUCAUUGUUUUAGGAGCUGUUCCAAGAUUGUUGUACUUGCUUCAGCAAGAAACUUCAAGUACAGAGCUGAAAACUGAAUGUGCAGUGGUAUUAGGAAGUCUUGCUAUGGGUACUGAAAACAAUGUCAAGUCUCUUCUAGAUUGCCAUAUUAUCCCUGCCUUACUGCAAGGACUACUGUCUCCAGACCUAAAGUUCAUUGAAGCUUGUCUUCGCUGCCUGCGCACCAUCUUCACCAGUCCUGUCACACCAGAGGAGCUACUGUAUACAGAUGCCACGGUGAUACCGCACCUCAUGGCACUGCUUAGCAGGUCCCGCUAUACCCAGGAGUACAUCUGUCAGAUCUUCUCACACUGCUGUAAAGGUCCAGAUCAUCAAACUAUUUUAUUUAACCAUGGUGCAGUUCAGAAUAUUGCUCACCUACUAACCUCAGUAUCUUACAAAGUUCGAAUGCAAGCACUGAAAUGCUUCUCAGUUUUAGCUUUUGAAAACCCCCAGGUAUCGAUGACCCUGGUAAAUGUUUUGGUUGAUGGAGAAUUGUUACCACAAAUUUUUGUGAAGAUGUUACAGAGGGAUAAGCCUAUUGAGAUGCAGCUGACAUCAGCAAAAUGUUUAACUUACAUGUGUAGAGCUGGAGCAAUUCGGACAGAUGACAACUGUAUUGUAUUAAAGACACUGCCUUGUUUGGUUCGAAUGUGCAGUAAGGAGAGAUUACUAGAGGAGAGAGUUGAAGGAGCUGAGACACUCGCCUAUCUGAUUGAACCAGAUGUUGAGCUACAGAGAAUCGCUAGCAUAACUGAUCACCUCAUUGCCAUGCUUGCUGAUUAUUUCAAGUAUCCCAGCUCAGUGAGUGCCAUCACUGAUAUUAAAAGGCUUGAUCAUGAUUUAAAACAUGCUCAUGAACUCCGCCAGGCUGCAUUCAAGCUCUAUGCCUCUCUAGGAGCAAAUGAUGAAGACAUCCGGAAGAAGAUCAUUGAGACUGAAAAUAUGAUGGACCGAAUUGUGACUGGCUUGUCUGAGUCUAGUGUCAAGGUGCGGUUAGCUGCCGUCAGAUGUUUGCACAGUUUAUCUAGAUCUGUGCAGCAGCUUCGAACCAGUUUCCAGGAUCAUGCUGUGUGGAAACCUUUAAUGAAGGUUUUACAAAAUGCACCAGAUGAAAUCCUAGUAGUAGCAUCUUCCAUGCUAUGUAACCUUCUUCUUGAAUUUUCUCCAAGCAAAGAGCCAAUUUUAGAGUCUGGAGCUGUAGAACUACUUUGUGGAUUAACCCAAAGUGAAAAUCCCGCUUUGCGAGUAAAUGGAAUUUGGGCGUUAAUGAAUAUGGCAUUUCAAGCUGAACAAAAAAUAAAAGCAGAUAUUUUACGAAGCUUGAGUACUGAACAGCUAUUCCGGUUAUUAUCAGAUUCAGAUUUGAAUGUGCUGAUGAAGACAUUGGGACUUCUUAGAAAUCUCCUCUCUACUCGGCCUCAUAUAGAUAAAAUAAUGAGUACUCAUGGAAAGCAAAUUAUGCAAGCUGUCACCCUCAUUCUGGAAGGCGAACAUAACAUUGAGGUCAAAGAACAGACACUGUGCAUCCUAGCCAACAUAGCAGAUGGGACAACAGCAAAAGAACUUAUUAUGACCAAUGACGACAUCCUGCAGAAAAUCAAGUAUUACAUGGGUCAUUCACAUGUGAAACUGCAGCUUGCCGCUAUGUUUUGUAUAUCAAACCUCAUAUGGAAUGAAGAGGAAGGUUCACAAGAACGCCAGGAUAAAUUACGGGACAUGGGCAUUGUAGAUAUUCUACACAAACUGAGUCAGUCACCAGAUUCAAACCUUUGUGACAAGGCAAAGAUGGCACUGCAGCAGUACCUGGCGUGAUGGGAGCGCCCUGGGCACCUGCAAGCAUCCCACAUCCUUGUUAAAGGAAGUACAGGAACUAGCCUCAUUUGAUUCCUUCUAUUUGCACAAGUCACCUUGGACUGCAGGGAGCUGUUUUGCAAAAGCAAUUUGGUAGGCUUAGAUCUCAAAUUCAUCUUGAGAACAUUUUUUUGAGGUAGUAAUUUCCUCAGAGGACUAUUGUGUUUGUUUUGUUUUUUUCUGAGCUACCUGGACUCUUUAUUAGAACAAUCAAUCAUUUUCCUUUGGACCUACAAUUUUUUGCCUAUGCUGCAGCCACUUUGUGAGUUAGAAUGAAUGUGUCUCUGCACACAGAGGUGUGUGUGUGUGUGUGUGCGCGUGUGCACGUGGGUCAAAAUGAAUGGGUGUGUGUGUGAGGGAUACCUCAAAUUUUUCUUUUCUUAUUUUGUGUGAAAAUCUCUUUUCUACAGAUUUUCCAGGGUUUAAGCAUUGCUUGCUGUAUAAAAAACUUUACUGAAUUAUAUACAGUUUGAAUGAAAUGUUAUUUUAAAAACAAAACAAUUGUUAAGUGUUCCAUAAAGGUUAUGUUGAAUUUUGGUCAGAUGAAUAUUUGUAAGUAAAAAAAUAUAUGCAUUUCUGAACCUCAACUUACAUAGAUUUUCUUUAUAAAAAAAAAAAAAACACACAAAAAAAAAAAAGAAAGAAAGAAAAAGAAAAAAGGUUGGCUGUAGUUGGCCUGAAUAACAGGCAUGAUAUAUGGUGCUGUGCAAAAUAGUAAGCUAGCAUCUUACUGCCGUCAAUAUCAGCAGGUACAGAGCCUCUUUUCAGCCUAAUUCAAUAAGCUCUCAGGCUUCCAAGUCAGAUGGACAGGGUGGAGUGGAGUGAGGCAACAAAUUCACCAUAGGAUUUUUGAACUAUCAAGGGGAAAUAGAACUACUGAUAGUGAAAGCCCAGCCCUGACUCUGGCAGGCUACACUUGACCGGAACCGGGCACCAAGAGCCUCCCAACUGCCCUAAAUCCUGUCAUUGGUGUAGCAAUAUCUGGCAGGAUUUAGAGCCAGUCAUGGAACCUUAUGCUCAAACUAAAAUAGGUCAUCACUUUUGGAAACAAAGUCCGAUCACCUUGUGCUUCCUGAAACAGUAUAUAUCACUGUGAAACUAAAGAAUGCUCUACAGACUCAUCUGUAGAAAGAAGCAAAGAACAGGAUAGUUUAGAAAGCUGUUUUUCUCUUAGCUAUACUCAGCUAAUUCUACUAGUCACUCAGGACCGCUAUUCAGUGUGCUUUUGUAAAGUGAGAUCAAAAUUUGAGUGAGACAUGUGGCUGAGAUCUUUUCCUGCAUGAAGCCCAAAGCACUGAAGUUUGAGCGAGGGAAAGGGACUCUCCCCCGAGGAUGGAAGAUGAUGGCUUCUUUUCCAGUGAGUGCUACUUCACCCUUCUGCAGCCCUUAGCUUGGCACCUGGCUCCAGCUUCUGGGUCAGCUUCAAGGUGAACUCAACAGAGGUUGCUCUUGACUGUUGGAGGAACAACCAGCCUUCCUUUCCUUUGCUAAAAGAAGUUCAGAGGCAUUGUGGCCCGGAAGCUUGCCAUGAGUGUGUGCUACUGGCAGAGCCCCAAGCCUACCAGCCACUCCUGAUGGGAUUGCUCACAGCGCAGCCACCCCAUCAGCAACCUGCACCUUCCUUGGAGGAUUUAAAUAUGUUUGAUUGCAAAUGAAUGUUUUUAAGUGUAUUUAAUGCAAUUUUUCCUGUUCUCAACAUGACCACCCAAGAUUCAAACACA